AUGUCCGAGAUUUCUAUGCAUAUUCGACAUUGUAUUUUGUAUGAGUUCCAGCUCGGGAACAAUGCAAGUGCUGCUGCUUGCAAUAUAUGUACUGCUCUCGGCAAAGGUACAGUUGCUGAUCGUACAUGUCGUGAUUGGUUCAAAAGAUUCCGGGCAGGCGACCUGUCACUGAAAGAUCAACCGAGGUCUAGACGUCCUCCCGAAUCCGAUGUUGAACGAUUAAAAGCAUUGAUAGAAGACAAUCCACAGCUAACCACACGUGACUUGUCGGCAAUGGUAGGCUGCAACCAAUCCACGAUCGACCGUCAUUUGCAUCAAAUGGGAAAAGCCAAUAAGCUUGGUACAUGGGUUCCACAUCAACUCUCACCAGACAACAUGCAGCAGAGAAUCACCAUCUGCAACUUUUUGUUGUCCAAGCGCGACCGAUACAGGUUUCUUCAGCAAAUCGUCACUGGUGAUGAAGAGUGGGUACUCUACGUGAAUCAUACACGCAAGCGCCAGUGGCUCAAUCCCGAAGAUAUGCCCGAGCCAGAGCCGAAAAACGACUUGCGCCCAAAAAAGGUAAUGCUAUUAAUUUGGUGGGAUUUUCAAGGUGUUAUCUACUAUGAACUUCUUCCUCCUAACACCACAGUAGACUCCAAACUUUACUGCACACAACUCGAAAAUUUGAAGGUGGCACCUCAAGCCAAGCGUCCAGAACGACGAAAAGUUCGGCUGCUUCACGACAACGCUAGACCUCAUGUAUCAAAAGUUACCCGUCAAAAGCUGGAAGAACUGGGCUGGGAACUCCUACCCCAUCCAUCGUAUUCACCAGACUUAGUACCCUCAGAUUAUCACUUAUUCCGCUCGCUUCGCAAUCAUCUGCUCCGGAAACACUUCGACGAUGAAGCGCACUUAAAGUCGGACCUAGAACGUUUCUUGCAGUCUUUGUCCAAGAAAUUCUUUGAAGAUAGCAUUCUGGAUUUGCCUAAGAGAUGGGAGUAUGUCGUAGAUAACAAUGGUAUAUAUGUUGUUGAUUGA